AAAGCAGAAGAUCAUCAUCAGCUCUUGAAAUGAGCCUCCAGGGUCUAGCCUGGCACUGCCUCAGAGCCACCCUGCAGUCUGCCUACCAGGUCUGGUUGUGGGGGCACUUAAACACACGAUGUAAGUGUAGGGGGAAAAUGGGGAAUUUACUGGUGCCUGCUUGUGCCCAGUGACUGAGACAAGGCUCAGGGCGCAGACAACCUAGAUUUAAAGCUGGUGGUGGUGGCACACGCCUUCAAUCCCAGCACUCGGGAGGCAGAGCCAGGCAGAUCUCUGUGAGUUCGAGACCAGCCUGGGCUACAGAGUGAGUUCUGGGACAGGCUCCAAAGCUACACAGAGAAACCCUGUCUCGAAAAACAAACAAACAAAAAGAAAAAAGAAAAAGAAAAAGAAAAAUCUCCCCAAGAAGAGCAGAUGAGCAGACACCAAAUCCAGAGGAGCCUUCCCAAGAGGCUUCAUGUAAGUACUCCAGGCAGAGGCACUGCCACGUACAAACACACACCCACAGACACACAGACACACACACAUGCACACACACACACACACACACACACACACACACACAUGGUCACAGGUCUCUCUUACACCUACGCCAUCGCCAACAGACACUCUGCCCCCAAACACACAGGCCCACAGGGCAAUGCCCCUGGGGCCUGGAGAACUCGGUGAUCAGUCAGGUCUGAUACCGGUGAGAAAGUCACCAGGCAGCAAAGCCACUACUUGAGGCCAAUUUAAAAAGUGGCAGACACUGAUGUAAGUAAAAUAACUGUAUCUGGUAGAACUAAAUCAACACAAAAGUCAGGCCAGCCCAGGCUGCUCCAGCACAGGGCCACACUGUUGGUUCCAAUCAAGAGGGAAGCAGGUCUCCCUGACAUCAGAGGUACAAACUGAACCAAAGAAAGCUAGAGGUGGUCAAAAACACUGGUCACAAGAGAAAAGUCACAAUGUCAGUGACACAAGUGACUGAAUCUGGCACAGCCCACAAAAUGCUUAUAAAAAAUCCUCUUGUGAAAUGUCAAAAUUAUUGAUCUCAGUGGAAGAUAUCUGUAAAGCAAAAACAAAUAAAAGACAUAAAACCCAGUAAGGCAAUGGUGUCGAAUGCCUUUAAUCCCAAUACUCAGAAGGCAGAGGCAGGUAGAUCUCUGUGAGUCCAAGGCCAGCCUGGUCUACAUAAUAGAGAGACCCUAUCUCAAAAAACAAAAACAAAGUCCAAACCCUUUCUUUUUUUCUUUUUGGUUUUGAGACAGGCUUUCAUGGAACCCAGAAUGGCCUUUGAGGGAGGCGAGGUGGAGAUCCUCCAGCCUCCACCCCUACAGUGCUGGGGUUACAGGCAUGGACCAACACACCCAGUUUAAUAAAGCAUUUUACCAGUUUCGUAUGAAAGACUGGUUAAUUUAAUAAGUCGAGGAAUUGCAUUUUACUCUGAAAAUUAUAUAAUCUCCUUUAAAAAGUAUAAUUAUAAUCCUUAUGUUUAAAAUGUAUUGGAAGAGUUCAGCUGGUGAAGUGUUUGCCUAGCAUGCACGAAGCCCUGGGUUCAACUCCAGCACCACAUAAGCUGCGUGUGGCGGCACAUCCGUAAUUUCUAGCACUCAGGAAGGUGAAGGCAUGAGAAUCAGAAGUUCAAGGUUAUUUUCAGCUGUAUAUUGAGGCCAGCACUCUGCCUCAACAAAUAAACAAAUGUGGCCAGGCAUGGUGGCACACACCUUAAUCCCAGCACUGCAGAGGCAGAGGCAGGUGGAUCUUUGUGACUUUGAAUCCAGCCCAGCACAUUUAGGGAAUUCCUGCCCAUCAAGGGCUAUAUAGUUUGAUCCUGUCAUUGCUAUCGGUGGUGGCACACACCUUUAAUCCCAGCACUGGGAAAGGAGAGGCAGGUGGAUCACUGGGAGUUUGAUGCAAGCCUAGUCUAUAGAGUAAGUUCCAGGACAGCCAAGAUUGUUACACAGAGAAACUCUGUCUCAACCCCUACCCCCCAAAAAAGCUGAGCCUGUCUCAAAAUAAUAAACACAAAAUAUUAGCAUUUUUCCACUCAGAGACGCAAAGACACAACGAGCAGAAGAUGUUGGCAAUUCAGGGGUAGAUUUAAAACUGAGGGCUUGGGUUAGGGAUAUAGUUCAGUGAUGAGACACUUGCCUAGUGUGUGUGAAACCCUGGAUUCCAUACACAGCACCACUAACUGACUAACUAAAUGUCCUGGAAUUGGUUCAGAAAUGUACAUGUCAUACAUGCACGGGCAUUCCCUGUGUGGGCUCACCCUGCUACAGCCCUCCUCUGAAGGGCAUCUGGCACAUCAGAUGUCCCCCCUGUCUCAUGCCUCUGAGCUUCCUAAGAAGAGACAGUGGGGCUGCUAUGACCCCCACAGGAUUCUGCCCACCUCACAAUGGCCUCCUGAGGUCAUAGCAGAGAUAACUUCACCAGCCCCUGGGCCCACAGCACAAGUCUGCUGAGGCCAACCGUGGGUGAUCAUCCUCGGUCCUCCCUCUGGCCACCCAGGAGGUGUGGCCCAGACCCCUACAGAGGAGCCUCUGAGGGCAGCAGAAGCCAGAACACAGCUCGCCCACUACUGAGAGUAGCCCGGUGGAUACUUCCAGCCGCCACCCUGGAGGUCUUAGCAUCCAGUGCCCUGCAGUCAUCCCCGGGAGAGAUGCAGAGAGACACGUUGCUGGUGUCACCAUCUGCAGCCCCAAAUUCUGCGGUGGCUGUAGACCAAGAUGCCAGCACAUCAGACGACCCAAGCAAGAGUGAGACUGGGCCCUACACCUGUCCCCAAACCAUGCGGAAGCCCAGCAUGUCGAAGGUGAUUCUGAGGGCUGUGACUGACAAGGGGUUGCACAGACGUGUGUCCCUUGCUGCCUUAAAGAAAGCUGUGAGCACCACAGGCUACAAUAUGGCCCACAACAGCUGGCGCUUCAAGCGUGUGGUCAAGAAUCUAGUGAAGAAAGGCAUGCUCAAGCAGGUAACCGGCAAGGGGGCCUCAGGCUCUUUCCGCCUGGGCAAGAAGCAAGCCUUCAAGUCCAAGCGCAAGGCCAGGAGACGCCAGCGGAGGCAGCAGAGGCAGAAGCCUAGGCAGCGCCGGUCUGGACCACGCCAGUCACUGCUAGGCUCUGGAAGGAGCCUUAAAGGGCUUUACAAGGGAGUUCAUAGGGGGGCCAGAGGCUGCCGCCAUUAAUAAGGCAGGUUAGGCCGGGUACCAGGCUUGCCACAAGCUCAGUGAGAUGGAAAUAAAAGCCCAACUUAUUUCACAACUGUCUUCUGGAAUCUUUGGGGUUCAGAGGGUGGGAAAAUUAGGCCAGGGGCUGAGGGGCACAGGGUGGGGGAGGAGGCCAUAGAUGAUAGGAGGAAUCUGGGGCCAGAAUAAGAUGGGCUUGGAAAGAUACGGUAGGAUUCAAAGCAUCCAUUGCCAUCCACUAGGCCAGC